ACCUGUAGCUCCUCUGUUCCAUCCAGUUCCACUGCACGUCUACACCACACCACAGCGCGCACACCACACGGGCGGGCGUAGAUAGGGAUGUCGUGGGAGGAGCCCGGCAGCCCGCAGCUGAGCCUGAGCGGCUUCAGCUCCCUCGCCUCCAUCUCCAGCACCGCCGCUCCGCCUGCCCGCCUGCCCUCCCUCUCCCUCAGCAUCGGCACCGGCGGCGAGGACCAGCAGCUGGGCGUCAGCAGCGACGACGGCCACAAGAGCGUCCGGGCGAUGAAGAACAGGGAGUCGGCGCUGCGGUCCAGGGCCCGGAAGAGGGCCUACACGCAGGAGCUCGAGAAGGAGGUCCGCCGGCUCGUCGAGGACAACCUCAAGCUCAAGAGACAGUGCAAACAGCUUCAGUCGGAGAUUGCUGCACUCACCGCCCAGCAGGCAAGCAACAAGCAGAGCAGCCCGCACAGGAGAACUUCGUCCACUCAGUUCUAGCGGCGCUACAUCAGGAUGCACGAGGGCUUCAUCUUCCUCUGGCUAGCAAUUGAUUAGUAUUAGUGGGCACGAGUAGUUGGUUCUUGGCUUCAAUCAACUCACCUGCCGAUCGAUAUGCCAGCGCGUGGUCCGUUCAUCUCAUGUGCAUUUAUCUGCAUGUAUUGCUGUGUGCACUAGUCAGCCUGGACCAGAGCACACAUGCAACCUGCCUGCGAUUAAUUGUGUUGCAGAGAACCUUUAUUAAUAAUGCUGAAUCGCAAUCCAAUUGUGCUUUGUUAGCUUCAAAA